CGCGCCGCCCCAGCCCCACGGGGCGCCCUCCCAACCAAGCGCCCUCCGCCGCCGCGCCGCGUGCUCCCAUCUGGGCGCUCUUUUCUUGCCGCCGCCCGUCUUCCCGCCUUGGACUCCGGGGCUGCAGGCGCGCUUGUCCUGCCGCUUUCUUCCCUUCUCGCUCAGGCGCACUCCUCCCUGCCCUCUCCCCCGCUUCCUCCCUUCCGUCCGCUCCCCGCGUCCGCAGCAGUCUCCCCGCGUUCCCUUCCUUUCCCGGUUGACUCACUCCGCCAGGAAUUGGGAUCUUCGUGUCUUCCCGACAGUCCCAUUCUGGGAAAACUCCUCCCUCCGCGCACUCCGCUUCGCGCACCGGGGCCGGCCGCUGCGAACUGGGCUCGGGAGACUCGGGGUGGGUCGGUCCCGCCGCCCUACCUUUCCCCGGCUCAGCCAGCGGCACUCAGCCAGAGCCCCGCGCUCUGCUGGUUGACCCCCUGUCGUCCCUGCAGUGCGGUCGCCAGCCUUCCGAGACGCCGCAGAGCCGGGGCUGGAAGAGUUGGCGCUUGGGGCGAACUAGCUGCAACUGGUGGAGCGCACCGACCCCACCUCCCGCACCCUGGGACCGAGUCUCAAGAAGUUGCCAAGGCUGGCCUCCAACUGGCGAUCCUCCUGCCUCAACCUCCAAAGCAUCUGGGAUUACAGGCGAACAUAGGUCCAGCGGGCGCUCCUCCAAGCAGAGCCUUGGAGGGCAAGGCCGGCACCAUUACCUCCAACGAGUGGAGCUCUCCUAACUCCCCUGAGGGGAGCAGUGUCUCUGGGGGCAGUCAGGCACUGGACAAGCCCAUCGACAAUGAUGCAGAGGGCGUGUGGAGCCCCGACAUUGAGCAGAGCUUCCAGGAGGCCCUGGCCAUCUACCCACCCUGCGGCCGGCGCAAAAUCAUCCUGUCAGACGAGGGCAAGAUGUACGGUCGGAAUGAGCUGAUUGCCCGCUACAUCAAGCUCCGGACAGGGAAGACCCGCACCAGGAAGCAGGUCUCCAGCCACAUCCAGGUGCUGGCUCGUCGCAAAGCCCGCGAGAUCCAGGCCAAGCUCAAGGAUCAGGCAGCUAAGGACAAGGCCCUGCAGAGCAUGGCUGCCAUGUCGUCCGCCCAGAUCAUCUCGGCCACGGCUUUCCACAGUAAAAUGGCCCUCACCCGGGGCCCAGGCUACCCAGCAGUCUCAGGGUUUUGGCAAGGAGCUUUGCCAGGCCAAGCUGGAACAUCCCAUGAUGUGAAACCUUUCUCUCAACAAACCUACACUGUCCAACCUCCACUGCCUCUGCCAGGGUUUGAAUCUCCUGCAGGACCCACCCCAUCGCCCUCAGCACCCCCAGCACCCCCGUGGCAGGGCCGCAGUGUGGCCAGCUCCAAGCUCUGGAUGUUGGAGUUCUCCGCCUUCCUGGAGCAGCAGCAGGACCCAGACACGUACAACAAGCACCUGUUCGUGCACAUCGGCCAGUCCAGCCCAAGCUACAGCGACCCCUACCUCGAAGCCGUGGACAUCCGCCAGAUCUAUGACAAAUUCCCAGAGAAGAAGGGCGGGCUCAAGGAGCUCUUUGAACGGGGACCCUCCAAUGCCUUUUUUCUCGUGAAGUUCUGGGCAGACCUCAACACCAACAUCGAGGAUGAGGGCAGUUCCUUCUAUGGGGUCUCCAGCCAGUAUGAGAGUCCUGAGAACAUGAUAAUCACCUGCUCCACCAAGGUCUGCUCAUUCGGCAAGCAGGUGGUGGAGAAAGUUGAGACAGAGUAUGCUCGCUAUGAGAAUGGCCACUACUCGUACCGCAUCCACCGGUCCCCACUCUGCGAGUACAUGAUCAACUUCAUCCACAAGCUGAAGCAUCUGCCCGAGAAGUACAUGAUGAACAGCGUGCUGGAGAACUUCACCAUCCUGCAGGUGGUCACCAACAGAGACACGCAGGAGACCCUGCUGUGCAUUGCAUAUGUCUUUGAGGUGUCGGCCAGCGAGCACGGUGCUCAACACCACAUCUACCGGCUGGUGAAAGAAUGAGAGACUCAGGGAGCAGGGAGGGGGGUAGACGUGUGUGCAGGAAAUGGGGACAUGGGGAGGGGAUCUGCUGGGACAUCCCCCUGAAGUGCUAAGUGAGCUGAGCGGAGUGGUCAUGAUUCUUCCUGCCAGAAACAAACCGUGCCUGAUCCUGCAGUGCCCAACCCCAAAUAAACCCAAGAUGUGUAUUUUCAGAGGAGCUGGUCUAGCUGUAUGAGCCCUGGGAGGGACUGGGGGAGAAGGGAGCAGUCUGGGAGGCAGGCUGGAAGCAGUGCCCACAGACGGACCCCUGCGUUCCUGAAACCAGCGCCCCAGUGGACUCAGCCAGGAGCAUCUCCAGAUGCCGAAGCUCAAGUCCUGAUGUCUCUCUACUGCUGCUUGAGCCCCUCAUCUGUCUCCCUGAAGGUGGUCACAGGUCCCGUGCUGCUGGCCACAAUGGGAGACCCGAGGGUAGAUAUGCACCUGGGCCAUGCACCCUCAGCUUCUUGUACAUGGCUGCACCUGUAUACCCUGCCACUGCCCCAGGACAGCUAGCCCCGUCUACCAGAGCUCGGAUUUUAGGUGUGGAAGCGAUAAGAGUUGUUGGAAGGGGACGUGGUCAGGUCCAUUUAGUUUUCAUCAUCCAGACAAAGGCCGGGGGAGGAGGUGGCUGUGCUGAAGUCAGGUGGGGGCAUUUGGACGGUGGCACCACAAAGCCUCCAAGUGCAUGGUGGUGAAGGGCCAGAAAGUUGGUCCAGUGUCUGUUGCAGCCCAGUGGUCUCUGAGAUCCUUCCAGUUCUGAUGGUUUGUGCAUCCUGCCUCAAACCCCCAGUCACAGGGCCUGUUGUAUGGCGACCUCCUUGGAACCAGCCCUGGGCUGGCUACCUUCCUUACCAGGAGUUUCUGUGCUCCCUUGGGGGUGGGGUGGAGGGGAGUGGAACCCCCUCAGCCUAGAGGUACCCCAUUGUGGGGUUCCCUGUCUCAUCUCCUCAGACCUGGCAGGGACUUUGGGUUUAGGUAGACCUGGCUUAGUCCUAGUUUUCCUGAUGCCUGACUUUAUCAAAUUUCUCAACCCAACUGAGCCUCAGUCUCCUUUCCUUCUUGCAAAGUGGGAAGGCAAUAGCAACUACCAGGAGGAGAGGGGAUGUCUGUACAGUGCCUAGCGCAAGCUGCACCAAAUGUUUUAAUCAUAAUUAGAACCUCGCUGCCUGCCCUCAGGAGAGCCUGGGCUUGGUUGGCUCUUUGCUGCCACCUAGUGGCACUUUGGUAUUAUCUUCCCUAAUAGGAACCACAGCUCUCGUAGCCUGCAGCAGAACAGGUGUUUACUGUAUGCCCAGUGCUCAGGGAGAAUUCUAUGGGAAUACAAAAAUAACAGAAGCAUCUAGAAGAUUUUGUGGAGUGGUGUUUAAGAGCAAGGGCCAUGGAGUCAGACUAGCUACUGACUCUGACCUUGGUGCAAGUUUAUUAAUUUCCCUGUGCCUCAGUUUCCCCAUCUGUCAAAUGGGUGUAAUAAUAAUAACCUACCUCAUAUAUGUAAGUGCCUAGCAUAGGGCUGAGCAUAUCCAUGCAUUCAAUAAAUACACAUUGCUAUUAAUUGUAGGAGCUUGUGGUCUAGAGUCAGACUGGGAAGCCAUCUAUUUGCUGGGGUAGGCUGAUCCUCGAAGCCACUGGUGAUCAGAGAUAGGAGAGAAGAGGGUGUGGAAGAUUUAAAGAAGAAGUUUUGCUUGAGGAGAGCUGGCCCUUAAAGGAAGGGUGAUAUUUAUUUUGUUUUUAUUAUUACUUUCAGCAGUGCCGGGAAUCAAACCCAGGGCUUUAGGCAUGAUAGGUAAGCACCCUACCACUGAGCUACAUCCCCAGCUUUAUUUAGAUAAGCAAAUGGGAGGGAGCUGGUCAUCAUCUCCCAUGGGGAAGAGAAGCAAGCCACCCAGAUUCCCUCUAUCCCUCUAUUUUUUUAUCAAAAAAUAAUUAAAAACCCCUCUAGUCUCAGGACCCCAGGUAGACUUCAUGCCAGGUAGCAUAAUUGCACCGUAUGUGGAGGCCUAGCUCAUUAAAAGAUGAGUGGGGUCAUGUCCCAGGGAGCCAGGACUGAAUCCCAGGCAGGUAGUGUGUGUUCCUCUGUUCUCAUGUGGGGGUGUAUUUGCAGAAGACUCUGCUGCCCCCUCUCCCAGUCACUACCACAACCCUUGACCGCUCCUCCCCAGCCCAGGUUGCUUGGAUGUGGAGGCCACGAUGCUCGCCUUCCUAUCUUGACUGCUGCAGCACUGGGCAGCUUCAGACCAAGGCUCUUGAAGGGUGUUGUGUGGUCAGCUCCUUGGCUAUGGACAAAUUAAAGACAACCGUGAGUGAGUCAGUGGGAAGGAGGGCAGAGGGUCUGGCUCUGCUGCCACCCAGUGGCUGCCACCUAGUGCAUGUGUUGGUUCUAAGUUUCCCUUUCCCUUUAUGAACAGAAGUCAGCAGCCCAAAGGAGAGUCGCCUUCUGAUAGGUGGACUUUCCAAAUGGUUCACCUUAAGAGGUGACAGGUAUACCUGUCUUUACCUCUUUUCUUUGGCUGACCAUGAUCCUUGGGGCCAAUGGCAAAGAGGACCUGCUCUACCUAUCCUGCAGCCUCUAUUCAGUUCUGGGUGCCAUCCCUCCCUCCAGCACCCUGACUCACUGACUGCAGAGCCCUCUGCCCUUGGUGUUGGUGCUGCAUACGCCCCACCCACUGCCAUGGCCAGUAGUGCUCUUCCCAUUCCUCUCCCACUGGCCACCUGUGACUCAUUUUUCAAAAACUAAUGAGGCGGGCACAGUGGUACACAUUUUGUAAUCCCACCAACUCAGGAGGCUCAGGCAGGAGGAUUGCAAGUUUGAGACCAGCCUCCACAACUUAGUAAUACCCUGUCUCAAAUUUUUUAAAAAAGGAGGGUGGGGGGGGGUGAAGGAUGUAGCUCAGUGGUAGAGUGCCCCUGGGUUCAGUUCCCAGUGCCAAAACAGCCAAUGAAGGAGUCACCUCUUUCUGCAGAAGGCUUAGUCACUCCUACCCUGUGUCAAAGCAUUCCACCUACCUGGUGGGAGCACCCAUUACAUGGUCCUUAAAUAGGGGACGUCUGUGAUCUCCCCAAUCUUCAUAUGACAGGUACUAUGCUAGCCCCAUGUUUGUUUUUUUUGUUUUGUUUUGUUUUUUUUAAUUUUGAGCUCGGGAUCUCACUGUUGCUCAGACUGAGGCUUAAGCAAUACUCCUGCCUCAGCCUCCCAUGUAGCUGGAAAUGCGGAUUGACUGCACCAGGAAGUAAGUGAAGCCUGGGGCCCUGUAACUCACUUGGAUUGUUAAUAUAUUUUUUUUUCAUUAAUUUUGCAAAUAUUUAUUUAACUUCUGCUUUGUGCUAGGCAUUGGGGUUGUGUCAGUGAGCAAGACAGACAAGGUUCCGAAGCUGCCUUUGGGGGAGAAAGAGUGCUGAGGGAACGCGCUGUGCAGGUCGAGGGCAGUGCUGUCGGGGGAGGGCAGGCAGGGAAGGGAGAGGCCAGGCGCCGCUGUGGCUGGUUCCUGAAGGAGAACAGCAUUCCAAGCUGAGGAAGGGCCGGUCUCCAGUCAGGAAAGGGGCUGGUGUGCCCCAGGUGAGUCUGGAAUGCCAGCAAGUGAGUGACAAUGGCUGAAGGCUGAGUGGGCAGGGGCUGACCUUGCCCCUGGCCAGCAUCCAGGUAGAAAGAGGGGCAUGGAGGAGGAAAGAUGACAGUGUGUGUGAUAGCACCACAUCUAACUCAGUGACCAUUCUGAGAAUGUCACAACUUAGGAGUUUCAAAACAUCCCCUGGGCUAAGGUGCAGCUGAGUGGUAGAGGCCCUGGGUUCCAUCCCCAGCACUGCAAAAAAAAAAGUCCCCUGACUGCUUCCUCCCAACACACAC